CAAACUUAUAAUGAACAAAUAAAAAAAACGAGCGAGUAGUAAUUAUGGGAGUUUAAUGUAAUUCCCCAUCCCACCUUAAAUUCUCAAUCCCAUCAAACAUACAUGAAAUAUAAAAUUUUUUAGAUAUAAAUUCCCAAUCCCAUUCGCAAAUUCCACAUACCAAAUACCCCCUAAAAAUUCAACAAUGGCGAUCGCCGCCAUAGCUUUUUCUCUCUCUUCUUUACCUAGCUACAACCUGAAUUUUAUCAAUCACCGUUCUCUCUCUCCUUCCUUUAUUCCUCCAUUAACUCUAACUUCCUCCUCUAAAACCAUCACUCCCCUUACUCUUUCUCUGUCCCCUCACAUUCGUCGACAUUUUCCUCUAUGUAACUCCGGCGGUGAUUUCGGUGAUGGUGGAAAUUUCGUCGGAGGCGGGGGUGGCGGUGAUGAAAACUUCGGAGAAGGUGGAGGUCACGAGGAGGGAGAUGAGAAUAAGAAUAAGAAGGAUGUGCUUUUGGUGUUGUCGGAAACCGGAAGAUCGUUAGAGAGUUUACCGAAAGAUUUGGUAACAGCAAUCGAAGAAGGGAGGAUUCCGGUCGAGAUUGUUAGGAAGUUCUUAGAACUAGAGAAAUCGCCAUUGGUGAGAUGGUUGCUUCAAUUCGGAGGAUUUAAGGAAAGGUUGUUGGCUGAUGAUCUGUUUUUGGCUAAAGUUGCUAUGGAAUGCGGUGUUGGUAUUUUCACUAAGACUGCUGCAGAAUAUGAGAAAAGACGGGAAAAUUUCUUCAAAGAACUGGAAGUUGUUUUUGCCGAUGUGGUUAUGGCCGUAAUUGCAGAUUUUAUGCUUGUGUAUCUUCCUGCGCCAACCAUUGCUCUCCGGAAACCUCUUGCAUUAAAUGCUGGACCUAUUACGAAGUUUUUCCACAGUUGUCCUGACAAUGCUUUCCAGAUUGCUCUUGGCGGUGCUUCAUAUUCAUUGAUACAGAGAGUUGGGGCCAUCGUACGGAAUGGGUCUAAACUUUUUGCUGUUGGCACUACCUCCUCUUUGGUUGGUACAGUCAUAACGAAUGCUGUUAUUAACGCACGGAAAGCUGUUGAUAAGUCAGCAGCUGAUGAAGUAGAGAAUGUCCCGGUCCUAUCCACUAGUGUAGGUUAUGGUGUGUAUAUGGCAGUUUCAAGCAACCUUAGAUAUCAAAUUUUGGCUGGUGUAAUUGAACAACGGAUACUGGAACCUAUGUUUCACAACCAGAAACUAGUGCUAAGUGCUCUUUGCUUUGCCGUAAGGACUGGCAACACAUUCUUAGGUUCACUACUAUGGGUGGACUAUGCACGCUGGAUCGGUAUUCAGAAAGCUCAUGAUGAAGAGCAUGCUUAAGAGUAGUAGAUUCACGUGGUUUUGCCAUCACACAAAACAUAGGCUAACUUAUUAGUCUUUAUUAUACAGGAGGUUUGUGCUCUCAUAUUACCAUCUAUAUUUUUAAUGUAUUAAAAAGAGAAUGGAAAGCCCAGUGUCUAUGCCUUUUCUUCCUCUCUUUGUACCUGUAUUUUUUUCACCAAUGGAAGUGAAGUUCUCAGGAAGACUAGAAAUUUUCAUACAGGAAGAAUGGAAGUUGGCAAACUGAAGCAUAUUUGUUCCUUUUUUCGAGCUCGAGUCUUGAUAAGGAUCUUCAACAAGACUUGAAGCCGCCUCUUGGUUUGAGAAUGACUAAUAAUUUCUCAUUUGAUUGCAACUGAACAUUUUUCUUUUUUCUUUAAUUCUGAGGGAAAGCAUAUUUAAUAAUUCAAUACAAUUGCGAUGGUUAUAGAUUUAGCUCUGAGAUUUAUUGAUUAUACUUGUUUUGUUUCUAA